CCAGAAUUUGGCUUAUCCUAUUAUGUUGUAAGAUUUAAAGGAAGCAAGAAGGAUGAUCUCUUGGGGAUUUCUUAUAACAGGCUGAUUAGGAUAGACAUUGCUACUGGGGACCCAAUUACAACCUGGAGGUAUUCAAAUAUGAAACAAUGGAACGUGAACUGGGAGAUACGGCAGGUGGCCAUUGAGUUCGACCAGAAUGUUUCUAUUGCGUUUGCUUGCCUGAGUGCCAAUUGCAAGGUGGUUCACGAAUACAUUGGCGGCUAUAUUUUCCUGUCAACCCGUUCCAAAGACCAGAAUGAGACGCUGGAUGAAGACUUGUUCCAUAAAUUAACUGGUGGAAGGGAAUGAAAGGAAACCAGAAGCUUUUUCUGGACUGCAUAGAAGAGCCAGAGGCGAUGGUCCUCUCUUAGUACCUCCUGCCUGAUUCCUUUAAUGAAAAUAAAGAGGAAUUGGGCAUACCGCGAACCAAAGCACCAGCCUUUGGCAUCAAGAUGGAUGGCUUUUCACUUUCUGAUCAAAAAAUCAAUGUUCUGCUAUUAUCUUCUCCUCCAUCACCAUUUGGGGGAGGUGAUGGUGGACAGAGGCAGAAUUAUAAAUGAAAGAUUAUGUCAGAUGGAACCCUCAACGCUAUUCUAUGAAUAAGGCAAUUAAUUACAUAAUAGAAGUCUCUAGUGUUCCAACGUAUCAAAUUUUGGAGCACAAUCCAGUUUGCUGCUUACUGCUCCCUUUUGCACACCACUCUUGUCAACUCUUGAGUCACUGUCCUCUGCAGACUUCCAGUCAGUGGAAUUCACUGUUCUAAAGAGAGCUGCCUACGGCAACACAAAUCAUUGUGCGGGAAGUGUAUUCUUUUGGAAAUAAUGUUUAUCCUUUGCACUACUCUGGAGCACCAGAGAAGGAAAACUAACCAAAACUCAAAGCAUGUUCUGCUUUCAAAAGAGCUUGUGGAAACAGAAUGGCUCUGAAAGCUCGUUCUUAAGAGAUAUAUGAAUUCUUGUGCCAGCUGUUUCACAGUAUGUUGUAGACUUUCAUUGGUGUUAAUUGUCUUAGGC